ACGAAAUCAUAAUCAGAAACAAAACGCUGUCCAAAGUGGUGCGGUCAAAUGAACGCUGUCCGUUUCUGGUUCCACGCGCAAAACCUUGCUGAACACGUGAACAAGGCAUCCGCGUGGAAGGGGGCGCAAAUCGCGGCCGAAAAUAAGACAAAGGUGUAAGAAGUAAAAAAAAAAAAACAUUUGGCACGUCGCAGAGUGGAAAGUUCUUCGAAUUUACUCAGCUCGGGUUUCAAGACUCCUUUCGCGACCAAAAUCUAAUAAGCGCGUCCCGACGCUGCAGCGUGCCGCCGACGCGUUGACUUGAGCGACGGCUGCCUCGCGAGCUUAUUUCCACGGCGGCAGCGCACGGGCGACGAUGACGCGCAGCAGGCAGCUGUUGCUUACUGGUGGCCCCUCCUCCGAGAACUAUCGCCGGGCGGCAAACGGCAGGGAUUUUUUGCCUUUCGCCCCCGCACGCACGCACGCUCGCUUGCAGCCGAGCAGCUGGACGCGUCGCAACAACCCAACUCCAUUCUAAGAAAGGAAGAUAGUUCUCGUCUCGUGGUCUGCUCCUGCUGCUGGCCACUCCAGCAGGUAGACAAGCGUGUUGCGGCGAGAGUCGUCGUAAAACGCCCACGAAAUUUUGACCGCCGAAGGAAAGGUGUGCGGCCCUUCAAAGUGCGGCCCCUCAAUUUGAAAGUGAAGACGCCACUGCGUUAGUGUGGAUUCCCGUUGCUCCGGCUACACCGCCGUGGUCCGUAGACGUGCCGCCCUUGGCAGCGGCGAAAAAAGGUGGCUCAAAAGUGAAGUCUUCUACGGUGCUACAGUGUGUUCGGAGGUGAAGUUCUCCACUUCGGCUCGCCGCAGAGGCACGUCCGAAAAAUCAUGGAUAUGUGUCAGUGGCAGGUGUGAGAGAUCCAGACGCCUUGAUCGAGCGAUGAAGCUUGGAAUCCUUCUGCCUCUAUGCUGGACGUGUGUGACGCGCAUAUGCAGUGGAGGCGACGUGACGGCCUCGACAAACUUGGCGCUGGGCCUCUUCCAGCAGCUUUCGGCUGAUACCUCCGACAAUGUUCUCUUUUCUCCCUUCGGCAUAUCUGCGUUGCUGGCAAUCCUUUCAGCUGGUACCAAAGGAGACACGGGCAAGGAGAUCGAAAGUGCGUUCGGCUCCGAUGCCGCCACAGUGAAACGGGACCUCGAGAGUGCGUUCAAAGAAAUGUGCGCAGGUGAUUCGACUUCCGGACGAAAGCCCUCAAUGUCGCUCGGGAAUCUGCUUGUAGUCAAGAAGGGCUUAAAGUCGAAACUGCUGCCCCAGUUCCUAAAGUUCCUCGGUGAUGGUGGACCUUUCCUAACAUUAGUCGAUGAGCUGGACGAAAACAUAGCCAGCCGAUCGAACAAAUGGGUUAGUAGUCAGACUAAAGGAGAAAUAACCAAAAUACUAGAUGGCGAUGGUACACAAGACGACGCGAAGAUGUUCUUAGUGAACGCCAUACAUUUCAAGGGCGACUGGAAGGAGAAAUUUGAAAAACGGCUCGGUUACAACGGUACCUUUAAGAACUACGACGGCAGCGAUACGCCGAUAAUGUUUAUGUUCAAAAGGAGACAUUUCGAGUACGCUUUGGAUGCCACCCUGAAGACGCACGUCAUCUCACUUCCCUACAGGGACGUCAAGGCAAGGUUCAUUCUCUUAGUUCCACUCAAACGUGCCGGAGCAAAGACACUGGCAAGUCUCCUGACUGCACCUGAAUGGAAGCGCAUCCUGGGAACGUUGAGGAAUACGAGCGUAGCUCUGUCGAUGCCAAAAUUUGACGUCUCCAAGAAGUACAACCUCAUGAAGCCGUUGGAGUAUCUCGGUAUCAAAAAGAUAUUCACCGACAAAGCUGAUCUAUCUGGCAUGAUAGGGACAGGGGACCUUUUCGUCUCCGCGAUCGAACAGGUUUCGAAACUGAGGGUGGACGAAGAAGGCAGCGAGGCUGACAGCGCAACGUUGCUGAGGGUCUCGGGAAAGGCUGCCGAAGAAGGCGAGUCAGUAGUCGCCGACCACCCGUUCAUAUUCGCUGUUACGGCUGGGCGACAGGACGACAUCAUUUUCAUGGGACAAGUCAACAAGCUACCCAUAACGUGAUGCUCCUUGUGAGUGACAUUCAUAGCGACAGCAUACAUUCGCACAUUUCUUUAGCGAAAUCAUGACGUCCCAGCAUGCAGCUGGCCGAGGGAGAAACACAAGUACUCGCUGAAGGUGAAACUCGCGAGAGGAGGAAUGCUCGCGGUUCCAGUUCUGCCAUAUACUCAGUCCUUGCGUACGAGGGUAAAUUCCCGCGCUGAACAUUACUCGCUGCACUAUACCUCGCUACACUAUACUACACUAUAAGUAAAUGAGGAAAAUAGCACCUAAUGAAAGAUAUAUCAUGUCUGUGCACGGUGACUAGCAAGUUGGCAAAGAUCGCUCGUGGCUGUCAUACUGAUUUUAAAACGAAACCGCGGAACCCGUGACAAUGUCUCGGCUGGCUAUGAUCCUCGUUUAAUAGCAGGACAUGACACGCGCUCGCCAUAAAUCGCGACAACAAACGAUGUCGCGUAUACAUGUAGCUUAAUGUGUAACCUAAAGAGGCAGCACAGCCAAGUACCCUAAUACUGAAUAUAUGAGGAAUGGGGGAGGAUAGGGGAAUCAGUAAGAAAACAUGAAAUUCGAAUACUACUUCAUGCAGCCCAGCUGAUUUCGGUUUCUUCUCUCAUUACAACUUUUAAGGAUUUAAAAAUUCUCGCGCAUAUUUAUUGACUUGAGCCUCUGCGAACUUCAGUUUCCACAUUGACUUAAGGGGUGAGGUAGAAAACGGUGCGAGAAUAGAACUGUGUAUACGAGUAGCGUUAUUUACGGUGUUAUUUUGCUUUAUGCGUAUUCUUAUGCGUAUUAUUUAAAUAGUUAAAUGAGAUUCACAUGUAAGACUUGAUGCAGGAAAAAACAUUUAGGGUAGUGAACAUGCACAGCGCUGGUUACGUUGGACAAUCUUUCCGUUAAUAUAGUUCUUCUGUUGCUACGGCUUGAUGCACUGAGCGAUUUGACGCGCACACUUCUGUUUUCAUCAAUGCAUGUCUCAUUUCUUACAUACUCAUCAACCAAUCGAACAAAGUGUGUUGCUCGUUCAUAGACGUAAAUAAAGGCUUGAAUACAUCUUUAUAAUUG